UCAGUCAAUUAAUCUUUCAUGCUAUUAAUCUUCAUGCUAUUAAUCAUGUUAAACAUUUCAAUGUUCAGAUGCCUCCUCGUAGAGAUCCAGAACACCAGGAACGCUCCCAGGCCACAAUGGUCGCACAGUUUCGCGACUACCAACCAGAAAAGUUUUCCGGCCAAGGAGAUCCUUGUAUAGUAGAUGAAUGGAUUCAGGGCCUCGAGAUGAUUUUCGAGGUCAUGGAUUGCCCUGAUC